AGUAAACAAAUGCCACAUGUUGUGUUCGUGACCAGUGCCUUUUCGUGUCAUUUGAAAGCGUCGGUACAACUCGGAAACACAUCUCAGAUUCAUUGUGUUCAGACAAAAGCAAUGUUGGCUAAUAAUUAAAUCCCUGAAAGUCGCAAUGACUCGGUAUGCGACAUCAACCCUCCCAGAGGUCGCCUUCCAACACUCCAUGUUGUCCAACUGAAGUUCGUCAUCCAGCUCUGAAGAGAUCUGUCACAGCGUUUACGGCGUGGGUCGGUUUAUGCUGUUGUGUGGACUGACCACUGGAGAUCAGAGAUGGAUGUUGACCAGGAGAGUCUGCGAUGUUUCCAGCACUGUCGCCGCGAUGUCAACAUCAUCUGCUUCUGUGUCCCCCGUGUCUGCCCCUUGUGUGGGGGGGACACAGACAGAACAGAGAGCAGGAUACCCCCCUAUCCCCUGCCUUACCCAUUCAUUACCUCCUCCAGUGUAAGCUCAGGAAUUGUCUUGCGACCCACUCAAGGUGACUUUCUAAGACACUACACACCCAAGGCUGAUCUCCAUAUUGGGCUAACAGACUCAACAGGUUGUGUACACGACUUUGACGAAGAUGGGCUCCACAUUGGUAACACAUGGCCACAGUGUGUUCAAGUCAGGCUGCCGCCAGACAUCGGCACAGAAUCCAGACUCUGGGAUCACUGUCUGGCACAGUUUGCAGACAGGUCUGCCUGGGGGUCUCACAGCUAUCAUGAACAAGACAACAACUGUUUCGACUUUGUCCUUCGGUUUCUUCAUAACUUAAAACUCCACCAUCGUGUGCCCGCUUUACGGAACAAAACAGACUUUGCCACCAUGCUGGUAGCCCCAAGCACAACGAGGGCUGCCCAGUUUGUGUCCUUGUAUAGACAGGUUAAAACAGCAGGGUAUGUGUGUCAGGCUGUGUCGUGAUGCCAGGAAGUGUGUCAGGCUGUGUCGUGAUGCCAGGAAGUGUGUCAGGCAGUGUCGUGAUGCCAGGAAGUGUGUCAGGCUGUGACCUGAUGCUAGGAAGUGUGUCAGGCUGUGUCAUGAUGGCAGGAAGUGUGUCAGGCUGUGUUGUGAUGACAGGAAGUGUGUCAGGCUGUGUCGUGAUGACAGGAAGUGUGUCAGGCUGUGUCGUGAUGCCAGGAAGUGUGUCAGGCUGUGUCCUGAUGCCAGGAAGUGUGUCAGGCUGUGUCGUGAUGCCAGGAAGUGUGUCAGGCUGUGUGACAUGAUGCCAGCAUGUGUGUCAGAUUUAAAAUAUGUGUAUAUAAUACAUUUGUGCAGCAGCCUAAAAGAUGCUCCAUGGAAUGAGGACAAAUUGUAUGCAAAGCACAGACAUUAUCACCCCACUUUACCCAAGCUGCCUGU